UUCAAACAGAAGAACCUAAACUUCUCAAAAUCCUGAGAAAUGACCACAAAAGCUUCUAGUCCGAGAAGAGAUAUGGACGUGACUCUCUUCCUGUUCUCCUUCUUCUUAACUCUCACUGCUCUAGUGGGAGCUGCUGGUCGUGGAGUUACCAAUAAUGAUAACAAAAACGGCGGAUUAGGAGCUUCGUUUAUAUUUGGAGAUUCUCUAGUCGAUGCUGGAAACAAUAAUUAUCUACCGACCUUGUCUAGGGCCAAUAUGAAGCCUAAUGGUAUCGAUUUCAAAGCCUCCGGAGGAAACCCUACCGGUCGGUUUACUAAUGGCCGUACCAUUGGUGACAUCGUUGGGGAAGAACUUGGGUCAGCGAACUAUGCGAUCCCUUUCUUAGCACCAAACGCUACCGGAAAAGCUUUAUUAGCCGGUGUGAAUUACGCGUCUGGAGGAGGAGGAAUCAUGAAUGCAACUGGAAGAAUCUUUGUGAAUAGGUUAGGUAUGGAUGUACAAGUAGAUUUCUUCAACACCACACGUAAACAAUUCGAUGGCCUACUUGGAAAGGACAAAGCAAAAGAGUAUAUAAGCAAGAAAUCAAUAUUCUCAAUCACUAUCGGAGCCAACGACUUCCUCAACAACUAUCUAUUCCCACUUCUCUCUGUUGGAACACGGCUCACGGAAACUCCUGAUAUUUUUAUUGGCGACAUGCUUGAUCAUCUACGCGACCAACUAACCAGGUUGUAUCAAUUGGAUGCGAGGAAGUUUGUGAUCGGGAACGUUGGACCGAUCGGAUGCAUACCGUACCAGAAAACCAUUAAUCAAUUAAACGAAGACGAGUGUGUGGACUUGGCUAAUAAGCUAGCAAAUCAAUACAACGUUCGACUAAAGAGUUUAUUGGAGGACCUAAACAAGAAGCUUCCUGGAGCAAUGUUCGUGCAUGCAAAUGUCUACGAUUUGGUCAUGGAACUCAUCACUAACUACAAAAAAUACGGGUUCAAAUCUGCGACAAAGGCUUGUUGCGGUAAUGGAGGACAGUAUGCAGGUAUAAUACCGUGCGGACCGACUUCGAGUUUGUGCGAGGAAAGGGACAAGUAUGUGUUUUGGGAUCCUUAUCAUCCGAGUGAAGCAGCAAAUGUUAUCAUCGCGAAGCAAUUGUUGUAUGGUGAUAUUAAAGUUAUAUCUCCGGUUAAUCUCAGCAAACUUAGAGAUAUGUGAUUCGAUUGUUUGUUCACAAAGCGUCUCCUUGGAGAUUCUAUACCUAUUUUUCUUGCAUUUACGUUUGAUAUACGCAAAGCUAAGAUCCAUGUUUGUAUGUGUUUGUGUUGUUUUUAAUUUUAGUGAGAAUGCUUUAGUUUUUGUUUUCUAA